UCUAAAUGAACUUGUUUUGACGUGAAAGCAAACACAGUUCAUUUCCCUUGCGAUCUUUUUAGAGCCGCGUGAGCAAGCUUGACUCAUUCCUCUGUUAUCUAGAUUGUAAGUGUUGUGCGCAUACCAGACUCAGUGUUUCAAUAGUACUACCUAUUGUUUGUGCGUUUUACAGUUACUUCCAGGUUCAGGAUUACUUCAAAGUUGGAGGCUCUAAUGAUAGAUCUUAAAGAGAGAUAGUAUGCUGCAUCCAGGAAAACUAUUUCAAUUCUCCCUCUCACAAUACGGACCCUGGCGAAUUUCUUCAAUUGAAAGUUUCCAAUAACUCUAACAGUGAUUCGAAAUUCUGAGGUAUUAAUGGAGUGAAAGCUUCUAUAAUGGACUAUUCCAAGACAUCUUUAAAAAUUCUCUAAGGCCGGGGAAAUGGUGCUGUGUUCAGCGCUAUGAAGCAGGAUGGCGAACUCAUGCAAAUGGAGGAAUCGCAGCAGCUCCUGUCUGCUCCCUGUCUCCUAAACAAGGGAGAGAUAACUCCUCGGAGCCAGCUGAGCGUGACCAUCCUUGACAUUGCCCACACACCCGACACCGAAGUUGCUGAAACACCCACCCAGCGUCGAGAGUCCAACAACAGUGUCAGUGACAACUAUGCCCAAAACAGUGGUGGCGUUCCAGGACUGGACCCGAGGUCUCUACUGCAGGAGCGCACCUGGGAGAGCCGCUACCUGGGCAAAGAGCACAGGCGAGCCGGAGCCACAUUCCAAGGCCAAGUCUACAACUUCCUCGAACGCCCUUCCGGUUGGAAAUGCUUCAUCUAUCACUGCACUGUAGUGAGCGGCGAAAGGAGGAAAAUAGUGAACGACGGGUCGUCAUUUGUUAAUUAGAUAAAGCAAAUUAGGAGAGUAGAUUUUAUCAUUCAAUGAUUUGUUGUGGAAGAAAACCUAAUGAUUUGAUUAAUCUUCCUCCUUUCGACAUUUUGAAUCUGAAUUAAUAUCCAAUAGCAUCAAUGGGAAUAUCAGAAGAAUAGGACUCAAACAGAGAAUAAAUAAUAAUCAGAAUGCUUCACCGAUAUUUUACGGGAUUUUAAUGACAGAGAGAUGCUAUCUCGGGGAGGCAGAGUUUAUCACAUUUUUCUCCACUGUUUCUCAAUCUGAGAUCUGAUCACAAGCUAUGUACCCUUUAUCAAAUCUUGAAUAGAGUUAAUAGCAUCUUUGUGAUGUUUCAUUUAUCGCGCCUCAAUGCCAUUUUCUCGGUUCAAAACCAUAGUCAAUGAAAAAUGUAUUCAUAAGUCAUUGAACUAGAAAAUUUCUGUUAAAGCCUGAAGAUAUUGGACGUGCGAUGCUCAUCAC